GAUUAUAAAGAGUGGAGGAGGGAGACUGGACUAUGAUGGGGAAUACUAGGGUGAUUGCAGCCGGGAUCUGUGGGGCUCUCUUUGUGGGCUACUGCAUCUACUUUGACCGUAAGAGGCGUGGGGACCCUGAGUUCAAGAAGAGGCUUCAGCAGCGAAGGAGGCAGCAGAGGGCGGCGGCGGAAGGCAGCGUGCUCCCCGACUUCCCUAGCCAGAAGGAUGCGGAGGCCAUGCAGGCCUUCUUUCUGGAGGAGAUCCAACGGGGGGAAGAGUCCCUGUCGCAGGGGGACUACGAGGUGGGCGUCUACCACCUGUCCAACGCCAUUGCCAUCUGCGGGCAGCCGCAGCAACUGCUGCAGGUGCUGCAGCAGACCAUCCCCCCGCAUAUAUUCCGCAUGCUCCUCACCAGACUCUCCACCCUCCGCUGAUGACUAGCGACACAGCAGCAAGAUGAUAGUUGAGCGAGAACAGUUGUACACACAUCUCUUUAUAUUAACAUAAAGCGUCACCAAAUGCACACUCUGGUUUAGUCGUUG